CGAGUUUGAGAUUGGACUGAUUCCAUGAAAUGUCCCAAUUAGGGUUCGAUUGGGAGUUGUGAGCGGGCAGAUGAGCGUGGAAGGAUCCAUUGCCUGGAGAUCACGAGUCGCAGUUCUUUCGCAACUCGGAGAGCGCCUGGUACAUGUAAGUGGACAGAGGAUUCGCGCAAUGGCUUGCGUAGCAGCUACGAUUGGUGCUAUGUUGCCCUCUUCAGCGGUUUCUCUCACCAUUAGCAGGAUUCAGAAUUCUGCGUCCGCUGUCACUCAAGCGACUCUGUUAGUGCCUUGUAUCCAAUCACGUCGUUUGUUCAAGCCGAAUUUGGUACAGGAUUUGCAGCAGGGUGUGAAAUCAUGUGGCAUCUCCAGUAGACCAAGUCACCGCAAUGUGACUUGCGAGGCUGGCACUGAGACAGUGUCUUCCUCGCCUGGAACAGUCUGGGUCCAACGUACUGUUGAGCUCCCACCCUUCAAGAGGGGCUGCCAUAUCAUUACUAAACAAAUUUACAAUGCAGUUCCGGAGAUAAACCAAUUUAGAGUUGGCAUUGCUCAUUUAUUCGUAUUGCACACUUCUGCAAGUUUAACCAUCAAUGAGAAUGCAAGCUCUGAUGUUCCUUUGGAUAUGGAAGACGCUUUGAAUCGGAUUGUGCCAGAGGGAAAUCACUAUCGUCACUUGGAUGAAGGUUACGAUGACAUGCCUGCACACGUCAAGGCUUCAAUGAUGGGCAGCUCUUUGACUAUCCCAAUCACCGGUGGGCGCUUCAAGCUUGGAAUCUGGCAGGGUAUAUGGUUGAAUGAGCAUCGGAACUACGGGGGCUCCAGAAGUAUUUGCAUUACCAUACAAGGCGAAAAACGUGCAGAUGGAAGGGUUUACAAGUGAAUCACUGUGCCAUAGUUUGUGUCCAGUAAAUCAUGUAUGCACCAGUUAAUCGUGCAGAACCAUGAACUCGCACUGAAUGGAAGCGGGUCAAGCUCGACAGGCUAGUAGUACUUCAUCAUGAAAUAACAAGUUGUAAUUACAAAACCAUUUCCAGGUUCUUUGUAUUUUAGUACGAGCAAUACUUGUAUGAAGUGAAGUUGGCUCUUCAGAAAAUUGUCCUCUACAUCUACAUCAGAAUCUGAAGCAAGUGUAUGUUUACAUUUGCCCAGUGCCUGGAUACAGGAUUGUUAAAACUAGUAGAGAAUAUAUCUGAACAUCUUUGACAACUUGUAACCUCAAAUCAUCUGCCCAAUGGAUCUUUGGACAGAUUUUUUUCUUCUUGAAGGACUCUAAUCAACCUUUUUACAGA